UGUAGUUAAGGUUAGCUAUUUUGUGGCAAUUUCACCUGUAAAAAUUAAUCUGUGCAUAUAAAUCAAUAAGAAAACAAUUAAACAGACAAAUCAGGAUUUCUUCAAACCCUCAUGCUUGAAUUGGCUGACAUAUGGGAUAAAACGACAGAAGAAGUCGUAGAUUUAAAAAAUAUUAUACAUUUUACUUGAGCGGCCUUCAAAAGCAGCUGUCUUUCAAUAACAACUUGGUAGAGUAGAAGUUGUUUACUGUAAACUAGAAUUUAGCUAACUUUAUGUAAAAAAAUAUGUCCGACACUAUAGAAAUUAAAGCUAUUGUAGGAAACAAAACUACAAUAUCUGAUUGCCCAGUGACUGACCCAGCUUCUACAGUUAAGGGUUUAGAAGAAUCAAAUGCUUUCAUCUCCAGGUCUAAGUUGGAUGCAAAAACUUCCAGCGCUUUGAAAAAGUCAAGUCGAUACAGAAGCCGUUCCUUAUCAGCAUCCUCAACAGAUUCUUAUAGUUCAGCAUCUUGCACUGGUAGUAGUUCAGAUGAUGAUGAUAUAUCACCAAGAGAGAAGGUCCAAAAAAAUUCAAAUGGAAAUUUCGAUUUUUGUGUGCGCAAUAUUAGUCAACACCAUUUUGGUAGGCGAGAAAUCGAGAUAGCAGAACAAGAAAUGCCCGGUAUAAUGGCACUAAGAAGAAGAGCAGCAGACGAUAAGCCUUUGAAAAAUGCCAAAAUCGUUGGAUGCACUCACAUUAACGCCCAGACUGCUGUUCUCAUAGAAACUUUGGCAGCUUUAGGUGCUAAUCUGAGAUGGGCCGCAUGCAAUAUUUAUUCAACACAGAAUGAAGUAGCAGCAGCUUUAGCAGAAGCAGGUUUUUCGAUAUUAGCCUGGAGGGGGGAAACGGAAGAAGAUUUUUGGUGGUGUAUAGAUAAAUGUGUUAACGCUGAAAACUGGCAACCUAAUAUGAUUUUAGACGAUGGCGGUGAUGCUACACAUCUUAUGCUCAAAAAAUAUCCUGCCAUGUUCAAAAUGAUAAAAGGUAUCGUUGAAGAAAGUGUCACAGGAGUUCAUCGAUUGUACCAGUUGUCUAAAGCAGGCAAACUAACCGUCCCAGCAAUGAAUGUCAAUGACUCUGUCACUAAAACCAAAUACGAUAAUUUGUAUAGUUGCAGGGAAUCUAUUAUUGAUAGUUUGAAGAGAUCAACAGAUUUAAUGUUUGGUGGUAAGCAAGUAGUCAUAUGUGGUUAUGGGGAAGUUGGUAAAGGUUGUUCCCAAGCCCUCAAAGGUCUAGGUUGUGUUGUGUAUGUUACCGAAAUAGAUCCCAUUUGUGCACUUCAAGCUAGUAUGGAUGGAAAUAGAGUAGUCAAGUUGAAUGAAGUGAUAAGAAAUGUAGACAUUGUCAUAACUGCCACUGGAAAUAAGAAUGUUGUCACUAGGGAACAUAUGGACAAAAUGAAAAAUGGUUGUAUAGUUUGCAAUAUGGGUCAUUCUAAUACAGAAAUCGAUGUUAAUAGUCUGAGAACUCCUGAUUUGACAUGGGAAAAGGUACGGUCACAAGUUGAUCAUGUAAUUUGGCCCGAUGGCAAAAGGAUAAUAUUGUUAGCCGAAGGUCGUUUGGUUAACUUGAGUUGUUCAAGUCUUCCCUCAUUUGUUGUUUCUAUCACCUCAGCUACACAGGCUCUUGCACUCAUUGAACUUUUCAAUGCUCCAGCUGGCAGAUACAAAUCUGACGUAUAUCUGCUACCAAAGAAAAUGGAUGAAUACGUAGCAAGCCUACACUUACCAACAUUCGAUGCCCAUUUAACCGAAUUGACUGAUGAUCAGGCAAGAUAUAUGGGACUUAAUAAAGCUGGACCUUUCAAACCUAACUACUACAGGUAUUAAGGAAAUGUGUGGAGCAGGAACACAGGAUAAUAUUAAGUCAAUGUUAGAGGCAAUCGACUAGAUGAUGACAACAUUUUUGCAGUAUUAAGUUCUAGGUUAUUGUUGAUGAUUGAAAUUACUCAAAAUUAAUUUAACUUGACGCUAUUGUUAUUAGUUAUUGUUAACAAUUGAAGUCCUUCUUUGAUCA